AUGAGGAAAUCAAGAAUUAAAGGGGUCCGUUCUCCCUGGAUAAACGCACAGGUAUCUGAAGCUAUGCACCAACGAGAUUAUUACCAUCGUAAAGCCCUGAAAACAAAGUCCGCAAAUCAUUGGUCACGCUAUAAGGAACUUAAGAACUACGUAAAUAAGAAGACAAAGAGAUGUAAAUCGGAACACUAUUCUAAGCUUAUUACCGAAAACAAAUCUAAUCCAAGUUUAUUAUGGAAAACUCUAAACGACAUAACAUCUAGCAAAGAGAGAACUCCCAUCUCCUGCAUUGAGGCCGACGGUGUUCAAUACUCCAGCAAUAAAUCUAUCGCCAAGAUUCUGAAUGAACACUUUUGA